AUGGCCCUCUCCAAGUCGCUGGCGGCCAUCAUACCGCUUGCCGUUGGAGGCCAGCAUGGAGGACCCAUCAUCUCCGUACGCGGUUCGCCUCCUGCUGGAGCUGGCAUUCCAUGCGAAGGUUUCGUUUCGUACUCGAUUGAAUUCAGCUCUUUCGUAGACUUCGCUGGAAAUACGUCGAACCCAAACGUCUUUUCCGACAAUCUACUCAACAACAUCGGAAGAAUCAGUGGCACGAAGCCUCAUAUCCGGGUCGGUGGCAACACACAAGACUACGCCGUCUUCAACAAAUCACAAACAGAGGCCUUCAUCGGAAUCUAUGAUCCAGCAAUCACGGAAGACUACCCAACGACCAUUACCAUUGGACCGGCCUUCUUUGAUAGCUAUCAUACUUGGCCUGGCACGAAGUACGUACAUGGUUUCAACUUGGGCCGAAACAGCACCACAGCAAGACAAGGCUUGAUCGACUCUGCCCCGUACGCCUGUAGAGCUCUGGAGAAUGGACGGCUGUUAUAUUGGGAACUCGGCAACGAACCAGACCUCUUCAAGACCUCCGGGCAGAGAGACGUGAGGCCACCUACCUGGAAUGAACAGGACUACGUGGAUGAGUGGCUGAAGUAUUCGCGAGAGAUCCGUACUGCUAUGAGAACAGCAUGCCCUGAGCUUGCGACUGAUGCAGCCUACAAAUACUAUGCACCUUCCUUUGCAGGCACAGGUACCAACAGUCUCGAUCCGAUUGUGGCAUGGCAAGAUGGACUGGACGCCGACAAGGACAUCGCAAUCAUCAGCUCUCAUAACUACAUCAGCGGAGCCGAAUCCCCUGGCGUGACCCUCCAAGGAACCCUCAUGAACCACUCCUCAACGGUAGCCUCAAUCGCCAAGCAACUAAACGAAUCCCGCCGCCUCGCCGCCCUCCCCGACAACAUCAACCCCAACCUCCCCUUCAUCCUAGGCGAAACCAACUCCCUCUACAACCAAGGCCGACCAGGCCUCUCCAACACCUUCGGGGCCGCUCUCUGGGGCGUCGACUUCAACCUAUGGUGUGCAACGAACAACAUCCAACGUGUGCACAUGCACAUGGGCACGAACUACCGCUACCAAAGCUGGCAGCCCAUCGACACCGACAAAGCGACAAAGGGGACCAAAGCGCCUUACUACGGCAACGUCGCCGUGGCGGCUUUCCUGGGCGACAUCACCAAGUCCGUACCCAGCAUCGUGAACCUCCCACUUCCCAACGAGGAAGAAGCAGCCUACGCAGCCUACGUCAACAACAAACUCGCCCGCAUAAUCGUAAUCAACAUGAUGUCCUACAACGCAACCGACUACAACGCCGAAUACAUCAACACCUACCCACGCCCCACCGAAAACUACUCCUUCCAACUCCCCUCAUACCUCGAGGGAAACUUCGGCAUUCAACGCCUUAUCGCGAAUGGUAGCGAUGCGAUCUCGGGCGUGACAUUUGAUGGGUUUAGCUAUAACUACGAGCGGGAGAAUGGUAGGCCGGUUCUGCUGCGGAAUGUUACCCGUGGAGAGGAGGUGAGCGUCUCGAGAGGCAGAUUGAGUGUGGGAGUGCCGAGGAGUAGUGCGGUGAUUGUGGAUUUUGGGGAGGGGAGGGGUGGUGGACAUGGCGGAGGAUGGCACUGGGGAUGGUAG